CUGUCCAUUGGCUUCUUCGGGUCUAUUUUUCAUGUCCAGCCCCUAAUGAGUGUCCAUUGGUUUUGUUAUUUCCACUCCCUCCUCCCACUCCCCGGCUUUGCCCUGCCCAUGUUUUGUAUGUCUGUGUCCAUCCAUCUCCUGACGUUCAAGUUCGCAGGGACGUCACGUCCGCACUUGAACUUGCAGCUCAGGGGGGCUUUUGCCAUUUUUUCAUCUCUCUCUCUCUCUUUUCAAAAAAGCCAUGACGGCUAUCCCACAAUCCAUCUUCCCUGCGCCAUCUUUGUAUUAUUUCUAAUUUAUUUUGGAUGUCAAAGGCAUUGAUGAAGAUAUUUUCUCUGGAGUCUCCCUUCUAACCCGGCUCUCCCGAUGUGAACCGAGCUGAAAGCCACCACCAACCACCAUGUCUCGCCGCAAGCAAGGCAAACCCCAGCACUUAAGCAAACGGGAUUUUUCGCCCGAGCCGCUGUCCGCCGCCGUGCUCUCGGAUGAGCGGCAGGAACACCGUGGGCUGGUACAGCUCGCUCCGGAAGGAGACCAGGACCUGCUCACCUGUGGCCAGUGCCAGAUGAACUUCCCUCUCGGGGAUAUCCUAAUUUUUAUCGAGCACAAGAGGAAGCAAUGCAAUGGCACCUUGUGCAUGGACAAGGCAGUGGAUAAGGCUCCGUCGCCGCCACAUGGUGAACUGAGAAGGGCCUCCAACCCUGUGGAGGUGGGCAUCCAGGUCACGCCCGAGGAUGAUGACUGCUUAUCCACGUCCUCCCGAGGAAUUUGCCCCAAACAGGAAAACAUUACAGGUAAAGAUGAGCCCAGCAGCUACACUUGCACAACCUGUAAGCAGCCGUUCGGCAGCGCGUGGUUCUUGCUGCAGCAUGCCCAGAACAUGCACGGCUUUCGCAUCUACCUGGAGAGCGAGCACGGGAGUCCACUCACCCCGCGCGUGGGCGGAGACUGCGCCUCCCAGCCGCCCCUCCACGGCAUGCACCUGCCCGAGGUGAGCCCCUUCAACCUGCUGCGGAUACCCAACUCCGUGUCGGGGCGCGAGGGGAACGUUGGCGUCGGCGGCGGCGGCGGCGGCGGUCGCUUCCCUCCAACCCCACCGCUUUUCAGCCCUCCGCCCCGGCACCACCUGGACCCGCACCGCAUGGAGCACCUGAGCCCAGAGGACCUGGCGCUGGCGACCCACCACCCGAGUGCCUUCGACAGGGUGCCGCGCCUCAACCCCAUGCCCCUGGACCUGCCGGCCAUGGACUUCUCGCGCCGGCUGAGGGAGCUGGCCGGCAACAACGCGGGCUCCACGCCGCCGCUGUCGCCCAACCGGCCCAGCCCUAUGCAACGGCUGCUGCAACCAUUCCAGCCGGGCGCCAAGCCGCCCCCGUUCCUGUCCACUCCGCCACUCCCGUCCAUGCAGUCGCCCUCGGGCGGCUCCCAGGGCACCCCCACCUCCUCGUCUCAGCCGGGCCCGCAGCUGACCCAGGGCUCGCAGACGCUGCUGCAGCAGCAGCCGCCGCAGUCCACCACGCCGCUCAACACACCCAUGAAGUCGUGCGAGUUCUGCGGCAAGACCUUCAAGUUCCAGAGCAACCUGAUCGUGCACCGGCGAAGCCACACGGGCGAGAAGCCCUACAAGUGCCACCUGUGCGACCACGCGUGCACGCAGGCCAGCAAGCUCAAGCGCCACAUGAAGACGCACAUGCACAAGUCCUCGCCCAUGACGGUCAAGUCCGACGACGGGCUCUCAGGCACCAGCUCGCCCGAGCCGGGCACCAGCGAGCUCCUGGGCAGCGCCAGCAGCGCCCUCAAGUCAGUGGUGGCCAAGCUCAAGAGCGAGCGCAUUAUCCGCGAGAACGGCGAGGAGGCCGAGGAGGAGGAAGAGGAGGAGGAGGAAGAGGAAGAAGAGGAGGAGGAGGAGGAGGAAGGCGAGGAGGAGGAGCUGGAGAGUGAGUGUGGCGGCACCGGGAACGGCCGCAGCAACAGCUACCCAUUCGGCCUGAGCCUGGAGGCGGCGCGGCACCACGAGAACAACGGCAGCGGCAUCGGGCUCCACGGGCGGUCAGUGCUGGAGGACGGCAUCCCGCGCUCGCUGCCCGAGGUGAUGCAGGGCAUGGGCCUGGCGGCCAGCAUGCAGCAUUACAGCGAGGCUUUCCACGCACACAAGCGCGGCGCGCUCGGCCCCAACGAGCACAAUGACACCGCGCACCGGGACCUGUGUGACGGCGACUCGGCCAUGGAGUCGGACCGCGUGAACGAGGGCUGCGGCUCGGCCAUCAACGGCCGCGGCUCGUCCCCCAGCGAGGCGGCUGCCGCCGCCGUGGGCCUGAGCAAGAAACUGCUCCUGGGAAGCCCCAGCUCGCUCAGCCCCUUCAGCAACAAGCGCAUCAAGAUGGAGAAGGACCUGGACCUGCCCGCCAUGCCCACCAUCCCCAACUCGGAGAACGUCUACUCCCAGUGGCUGGCCGGCUACGCCGCUUCGCGCCAGCUCAAGGACCCCUUCCUGAGCUUCGGGGACUCCCGACAAUCGCCUUUCGCCUCGUCCUCUGAGCACUCCUCGGAGAACGGCAGCCUGCGUUUCUCCACGCCGCCGGGCGAGAUGGACUGCGGCGUGUCCGGCCGCAGCGGCACGGGCAGCGGCGGCAGCACGCCCCACUUGGGGCGGCCCGGCUCCAAGGACGGCCGGCGCAGCGACACGUGCGAGUUCUGCGGCAAGAUCUUUAAGAACUGCAGCAACCUGACAGUGCACCGGCGCAGCCACACUGGCGAACGGCCGUACAAGUGCGAGCUGUGCAACUACGCCUGCGCCCAGAGCAGCAAACUGACGCGGCACAUGAAAACGCACGGCCAGGUGGGCAAGGACGUUUACAAAUGUGAAAUCUGUCAGAUGCCUUUUAGCGUGUACAGCACCCUAGAGAAACACAUGAAAAAGUGGCACAGUGACCGCGCCUUGAACAGCGAAAUCAAAACUGAGUAGCGAGAAGUAAGGACAGUGCGAAAGGCACGUUUUUUCUUUUUAAUCCUUCUUCGCUAAAAGUAAAAAAACCCAUCUCUCCCGUGACGCCCUUGUAGAUUUGUCCUCCUACCCCCCUCUUCCUCUUUCGCUAGUCCAGUGGAAGCUAAGACAACGUGCUUGGCACCGGCACACUCUGUUUCAUUUACGUUGAAUGCAUGAUCUGUAUCGGGGCAAUACUAUUGCAUUGACGCAAAACUUCGAGCCUUUCUCUUGUGCAAUAAUUUACAUGUUGUGUACUUUUUUUUCUUUUUACUUUCCCUUUUUGAUAAUUAGACAGCAUGCAUGGUAUGUUUUUUGGCUAAUUUGAGAAAAAAGAAAAAAUUGUCCCUGGUUGGUUAGUUGUUAAGUAACUGUGUUGCUGUUUUCUUGUUCUGUUCUUUUAUUUAAAAAAAAAGAAAAAAAAGAAAGAAAAAAAGACCAUGCUGCAUACAUUCUGUAACACAUAUCAUGUACAGUUUUGUGUUGUAACAUGGAGGACAACAGUCUAACACUUAACCCUCUAUGGAUGGGUUGGGAAUCGCACUUAAAACUGAUCUUUCAAAAAGAUAUUCAGUCCACAUAGGGUGAAAAAAUUUGAAUUGGCCCCGUUACGAAUUUAAAAUCAGUGACAGCCUUUGCAAUUCUUUCAGAAAAAAAGAAGUAGUCAUUAAGAUUCAAUUUGUACUAUCAUUUGGUAAAACAAACAAAAGAAGAGUGCCUUGGAUAUCUUGAAACUGCAUUGGUUAAUAUUCCUAUCUACUAUAAGCUUGGAGUCUCAGAUAAAUACUGGAAAACGGAUCCAUUUGGUCCUCAAAAAGGUUCUUGCAUCAAGUACCUGACUGCUGCAGUCAACUGUGACUAAAGAAAGAGUAAUAGUAAUGAAAGAAUCUACGUAAAUUUCUAGUUAAUCAUCAUUUACCUACCUAUAAUAUUGUAUACCUUUUUUGAAAAUGCUGAGGUAUUUUGUUUGUUUUAUACACGGUACAUGCAGUAUUGUGUGGAAUCAAAUCUAGGUGUUAUUUCUUUGUAUUUAGAGGUACUGUGUUGACAGUGGUACAGGCUCUGAAUAGACGACAAUAAGCUGAUGUGACACUCUCUUGGGAGGUUUUUGCCUAUGUAGCCUCACUAGCACAUGUUAAUGUCUUGUUGAAGGCAAAAGUGAGAUGUGAAAGCAUGGUAAUGCUAUUGAAAAGCCAUGUCACUAGGAUCAAAACAAUCUAGGCUAGAUCUGGUCGAUGUCUCGCCUGGACAUUGGUCCCCAACAAUGCAUCUGAGCAAUUUUUUUUCUCUGUCAGUGAUGAUUAACUAAGAAUUUACCUGCAGGUCUAAAGAAAAAAAUGUGUUAGUCAUAGCCACAGUAUUUAUUCCUGAGUUCCCUUCAAAGAAAGAAAUGCGACGCAAAAUAUGGCAAGAAAAAGAAGUGAAAAUCCAUUUUUUUCUCCAUAUUUCAUAUGCUGUGUGCUAUUUUGUGUUUGACAUUCUGGAGGAGAGCUCUAUUCAUCGUUGAGUUACAGCAUCCACCCACAGGUGAUGGUGAGAAAGCACUUGUCACUCGGCCCCGACAGUCUGUAUCGCUUGCUCUGAUUGGUGGUACAGAAGCUGAGUAUAAAAAUGUAAACUGCUUGCUUAUAGGACAAAAAAGUGCACUGUUCAAUUUUCCCAGUUUACAGGUAUUCAUUUUUGUCAAGGGAAAAACGUAUUGUAAUGCUUACAAAUAAAAUUUACAAUGUCAUUUUUUAUUAUCAUAAUGAGGAUUAGGGACAGAGAGAAUUUGCUGCCACCCCACUUGCCCCCCCCUACCCCCCCCCCACCCUCGACAGACACUCCAAGAGAGAGCCCCACUCCAUGACAUAUCUGUACGGUGCCCAGGGCAUAAACUCCUUCGCUAGACCAUGAACGAUUGAAAAAAGUAAAUAAAAGAAAAACACUUGCUGCUUACACUGCAAGGACAUUUUUUGUACAAAUCUUUUUUUAAGUAUAAAUAUUAAAAAAUGACUUUUUGAAAUAACACUUCAUUAUCUUAUUAGGGGAAACUAUAUUUAAGUUUGUUGUUGUUUCUCUUUCCUCUCUUUGUCUUGGUGGUGUACAAGACUCGAUCACGGUAUAUAUUAAAAUGGGAAAAAAAUCUGUGACAGUUUUUUUUUUGUUUUGUUUUUGCCUUGGCUCUUCACAGGUCUUCAGGUCGAAUUAAACUUGCAUUGGGGAAAGGUUUAAGAUUAUAUAUAAAUAUAUAAUAGAGAUCUUAAAUAUAGGAAAAUGCACACUCAUGUCAAUUCCUAUGCUAAAACACAUUUAUGGUCUACUUUUUCUGUAUUUCUAGAAUGGUAUUUGAAUUAAAUGUUCACCUAGUGUAGCCACUAUAGUAUUUAUAUUGAGGCUUGUAUUUUUAACUGUUGCUUGUUCUCUCUAAAAGGUAUUAUUGUACCUUUUUUGGUAGUGGAAAAAAACAACAAGCUGCCACGGUAUAUUUUUUUAAUUUGGCAGGAUAAUAUAGUGCGAAUUAUUUGUAUGUUUAAAAAAACAACGGAAAAAAUCCAAUAAAAAACAUAUGUGGCAUUGUAUAAAGACAGGCCAUGAGAUGGUCACUCCUGGAGGAGUCCUUUGCGAAUGUCCACACUAGCUAAAACAGGUGGUUGUACAUAUCUUCUGUUGGUUUGUUUUUAUUUUCUUUUGUUUUUUAAAAAAAUUCUCCUCUGCUGCCAUUAUGUAAUGCAGUAAUGCAAGCUGAUGUUGGGUUGUUCUGUAGUGUGCUUUCCUGUCCUUUCACCUAUUCCCCUGACUACAUUCCAGCAUCUUAAAGAAAACAAAAAACUUCAUAUGCAGUAAAGACCAGUAAAUAAAUGACAAACAUGGAAAAAAUAAACAAAUUACAAAAAAGAAUCAAUGUUUUGCAGGUUUUUUUUUCAUUGCCAAAUCCUAAAUGGUGCUUUAUAUUUAGAUUGGGACGACUUUCAUAUGCAAAGCAUAUUUAAAAAUGAUAUGGAUCUAAUGGGUAAGGCCGCUUUAGUUGAUACUUUUUUGUAAAUGGCAAUGCGGAAUAUUUUGUUAUCAGCCUUUUCUAUUCUUGUUCUGAAAGCUGUUUGUUGUAACUUGAACUUGAACUUUAUCUUUUACAAUGGGAGUCACUAUUUAUUAUUACUUGUGUGCUCUGUUCAAAACAGAAGCAUAGAAUGGAUCUUUUUUUGUUGUUUUCAUUUUUUGGGUUGUUAUUAUUUUCUUUUUUUUAAAGAAUGGCCAAAGGUCAUUGACAAAUCUUGCUUUUUUGUUUCUAGUCUAUGUUAAGUUUUAUUGGAGAAACCACUGUCUGUGUUUUCUGGCAGUUGUCUGCAUUAUCCUGUUCACACACCCAUUUUGUCCCUUUAUUGAAAAACAAUUAAUAAAAAAAAAAUAAAGUA